AUGGCCGCCCGCGGGGUCGUGGGCAUCUUCCUCCUCUCCGCGCUCCCCCUCUUGUGUCUGGAGUUGCGGCGUGGGAUCCCCGAGAUGGGAAUUAAAGAUAUAAUUUUGCUGUGUGGCCGGAUUUUCUUACUGCUUGCUCUUCUUACUUUAAUUAUUUCUGUGACUACCUCAUGGCUUAACUCAUUUAAACCUUCCCAAGUUCAACUGAAAGAUGAAGAAGAGAAGAAUGGGCAAAGGCAAAAACUGGUGAGAAAAAAACAACAAGAGGCACAAGGUGAAAAGGCCAGCAGAUACGUAGAGAAUGUUCUAAAACCUCAUCAGGAAAUGAAAUUGAAAAAACUGGAAGAGCGCUUUUAUCGAAUGACGGGUGAAACCUGGAAGUUAAGCCAUGGUCAUAAACUUGGGGGUGAUGAAGACUUGGCGGUUGAAAAUGACAGUCAGACGUCUUUUGAAACAGCAAACAGAAAAGCAGCGAAGAGACGGAACUUGCCUAAGCCUUCAACCAAGGUUUCACCACCUGCUGAACAGCCCACGCAGAAGGAGGUUUCAGAUUUACCUGAAGAACCCUCUGAAACAGCUGAAGAAGUAGUUACUGUAGCUCUCCGGUGUCCAAGUGGGAGUGUCCUAAGGAGAAGGUUUCUUAAGUCUUGCAGUUCACAGGUUUUACUUGACUGGAUGAUGAAAAUUGGGUACCACACAUCCCUAUACGGCCUUUCUACUUCCUUUCCCAGAAUACCUCUGGAAGUUGAGGGAGACUGUUCACUGCAGGACCUAGGAAUAACUGUGGAUACUAUACUCAACGUGGAGGAAAAAGAGCCAUGCAACUAG